AUGCCGGGGCUGAUCAACCGCGGCACCCGGCGCCCGCUGCCGCUCACCGCCUCCGAGGUAACCUCGUGCGUCAGCGGCUACGCCUGCGGGAUGACGGCCUCGCUCACCUACCGCAACCCGGAGGCGCAGCCGUGUGAAGGGCUCUUUGUCUUCCCCCUGGAUGAGCACACAACCGUGGUCGGGUUCGAGGCGGCGGUGUGCCGGCGCGCCGUCACCGUGCAGAUCAAGGACAAGGCCAAGAUCGACACCGCCUGUUUCGAUGGCUGCGGCCACCCCGACGGACGAGCUCACGACAGGAGCGGAAGGAUUGUGAUGGACGAGGACUUGGAGAGAAUUGCAUUUGUGGCUAGCCUGGGCACAAUUCCUCCCCUGGAAAGCAUCUCCGUCUUCAUCAGCACCUCCUCGGAGCUGCAGACGCUGCCCAGCGGGGCCGUGAGGGUCCUCCUGCCAGCUGUGUGUGUCCCCAGGGUCCCACAGCCCAACUCGGAGGGCACCAGCACCCUUCCUGGCCACCAGCUCCGGACAGCCAAGCCCUGCUGCGGAUCAGGGAGCCCGGAGCAGGGCAGCAGCUUCUGCCUGGCCCAGCUGCUGGAGAGCGAGGCCACCAACCCCUCCGAGUACGAGUUCAGCUUCCACCUGGAGAUUCGGGGGCCGUGCUUGCUGGCAGGCGUCGAGAGCCCCACGCACAAGAUCCGCGCGGACGCCGACCCCUCGGCUCGCUCGGCGAGGAGCAUCGUCAUCACGCUGGCCGACAAGCACACCUUCGAUAGGCCCGUGGAGAUCCUGAUCCACCCCAGCGAGCCCCACAUGCCUCACGUCUUAAUGGAAGAAGGCGAUAUGACGCCCGCGGAGUACGAACGACACCUGAAGGGGAAGAACGAUUUCAUUAAAGGCACCAAGAAGGACCCCAGCGCCGAGAAAAAGACCGAGAUCAUCAGGAAGCGCCUGAACAAGGACAUCCCCCACCACCCUGUUGUCAUGCUGAACUUCUGCCCGGACCUGCGGACGGCCCAGGCGGACCUCCGCAAAGCCCCCGGCGAGUUUAUCUUCCUGGUCGACCGCAGUAGGAGCAUGGGCGGCGUCAGCAUCGACCGCGUCAAGGAUGCCCUGUUGGUCCUCCUCAAGAGCCUGAUGCCCGCGUGCCUCUUCAACAUCGUUGGCUUCGGCUCCACUUUCAAGACGCUGUUCCCUGCCAGCAGGAGCUACUGCGAGGAGAGCCUGGCCGUCGCCUGCGAGAGCAUCAGGAGGAUCCGGGCUGACAUGGGCGGCACCAACAUCUUGUCGCCUCUGAAGUGGGUCGUGCGGCAGCCGAUCCCCAGGGGCCACCCCCGGCUGCUCUUCCUGCUGACGGACGGGGCCGUGGGCGACACGGGGAAGGUCCUCGAGCUGCUGAGGAACCACUCCUCCUCCACCAGGUGCUACAGCUUCGGCAUCGGGCCCAACGCCUGCAGGAGGCUGGUGCAGGGGCUGGCCGCCGUGUCCAGGGGCACUGCCGAGUUCCUGGCCGAGGGCGAGCGGCUGCAGCCCAAGAUGAUCAGGUCGCUGAAGAAGGCGAUGGCGCCGGUCCUGAGCGACGUGUCCGUGGAGUGGGUCUUUCCCGAAAGCACCGAGGUCUUGGUCUCCCCGGUGAGCACCAGCUGCCUCUUCCCUGGUGACCGCCUGGUUGGCUACGGCGUCGUCUGCGACACCUCGCUGUACCUCUCCACCCCCCGAUCGCCCUGGGACCUGCUACUGCGCUCUCCCCAGGACAAGAGGCGGCGGUACAGCAUGAUGCGCUCCCAGGAGUCGAGCAGCUCAGUUUUCUUGCACUCCCAGGAAGAGGGAGCCAGCACGGAGAGCUGGAGCUACCCGGAGGGGUGCUGCCCGGCCGAGCGUACCCCGGAUCAGCUGGCGGUGGGCAGGGAUCCCGGCGGAGAAUCGGACACGGACACUGGAACGGAUGCCAAGACGUCCUCCAGGAGACGGGCGUACAGUGCCAACCAGGUGGCCAACCACGAGCCCCUCCGGAAGGAGCCCACGGCCAGCGAUCCGGGCAGCGCCCUGCUGAGGAAUCCCCUGCGCAAAGCCCACCUGCAGGACCUGCAGCAGCUCAGCCCCGAGCCGUGCCCGGUGGAUUUCCAGCCCUUCGCUGCCAGCCUGCGCUCCUCCACCACCAGGAUCCGCGGCACGGGUGCCCGCCGGCCGUCCCUGCUGCACGGGAGCUGCAUGUCCUCCUGCCAGCGCCCCGAAUCCCCACCAGCGCCCGAGGCUGCUGCUGGACGGGGCUUGGGGCAGCUGGAUGCCAGCGGCAGCCUGCGGUCCUCGUCUGACAGCCGAAGCCCCGGGGAGCCGGAAGGCACCCAGCAUCCGUCCUUCACGUUCGAGACGGAGACCUCCUCCGACUGGGAACCCCAGGACUGGGAUUUCGGCGCCGCCCGGGGCUCCCCGUGCUCGCCCCGUGCCACCUGCAAGGCGGUGGUGAAGGGGCUGCGGGGCAGCGAGCCCGUGCAGUGGGAGGUCGCCUUUGACAUCCGCCCACUCCUCCGAGAGCGGGGCAGCCAGGAGGAGGGCGACGAGGACCUGUGGAGCGAGACCUUCCACCACCUGGCAGCCAAGUCCGUCAUCCGGGACUUGGAGCAGCUUGCAGAGAGGGAGUGUGAAAUCGAGCACGGGUCAGGCCGGCGGUACCAGCUCAACGCUGUCCACACCAGCAAGGCCUGCAACGUCAUCAGCAAGUACACGGCAUUCGUGCCGGUGGACCUGAGCACCAGCACCUACCUGCCCCCCUGCGUCGCCUACACCCGCGCAGGGCAAGCGGCCAGGCAAGGCAGCCCGAGGAGCCUCAGCUCGGGACACAGGAGGCACCGCGGCUUUUCUGCGGCACGUCCCCUGUCACCCUGCGGCCAGGACGGAGAUGAUGGAUUUCAUGGCAUGGAUGUGGACGAGGCCGGGCUGUCACCCUGCAGCACCCCGCUGUCCUCCAGCUGCCGUCCCCCAGAAGCGCCGUUCCAGAGCCUGGCUGCCUCUUCUGCACAUUCCCCAAAACCCAUCGAGAGCCUCUUUGCCGCGAGGCUGACCCUCCACAAAACCAGGCUGCUGACUCGAGCUGCCAAAGGUUUCAUGAGCAAAUCUCCGGGCAGAACGAGCGAAGCCAGCUCGGAGAGUGACUGCGAGAGCAUCGACUACCUUCCUCUGGCGUCUCUGCAGCUGGCCUGCGGUGCCUUCCUCCUGAACUCGGCCUUCUGCGAGGCGCUCGGCAUCCCCAUGGAGAAGCUGAAGCGCACGUCGCCUUUCUCCUGCCACCGCCUGGCGCUCAGCCCCUCGAGCUCCAGCAGCGCCAGGAAGGCCGUGCCCGGCGGGGAGCACGCAAACCUCGGGCACGACGGGCAGCUCCUGGUCCCCGAUGGCACGCGCGGAGCCGGCAGCCCCACUGAGGACACGGCCGGCCGCCCCCGCCACUUCUCGGGGAGCGCCGUGGAGAGCAUCUCCAAAGCCCUGCGAGCCGAGAGCGAGCUCUCCCCGCCGGCCAUCACCAUCCGCCGCUUCUCCUCCCCGGAGCAGCAUGGCCCCGAGGUCCAGGCGCUGCUGGCCGACAUCGAGCUGCGGUGGCAGACGGAGCCCGAGGGGAUGCUGUGGGCCACGGCCGUGGCGCUGGCCUGGCUGGAGCACAGCUCGGCGUCCUACUUCGUCGAGUGGGAGCUGGUGGCGGCCAAGGCCAGCCUGUGGCUGCAGGAGCAGCGCUUCCCGCAGGGCUGCAGCCUGGCCGCGGUGAAGGCGGCGGCCCAGCAGCUCUUUGUCUUGCUCAGGCACUGGGAGGAGAACCUGGAGUUCAACCUGCUGUGCUACAACCCCAGCAGCGUGUAA